AUGUGGUUGUUCAUUUUCGCCAGCUUCCUUAACUGUGUGUCGGCCUAUGAUGUAGAUCUGUUGAAACUGGAUGGUCUCGCAAAAGCGAAGGUGGAGGUAGGUUUGAGUAUGCAAUUGCGUUAAUAUUCUAUUAGAUUCGUAAACAAAGCCACUACAAGUAGCCUAAGAUAACAAGAAUGAAUAAGAAGCAGGCUUUAUAAACAUAUUUGUCGAUAUAAUUAUGGAUCAUGUUUUGGUAUUUUAUUGGAUAAACGUAUAGAUCAAUACAUUUAGAUUCGUAUUGAGGUAAAUAUUGGGUAGCCUAACUGUUAUCCUAUGUGCGCAUGCGUAGGUGUUUGGGAGGAGGAAAAUGAAUGAAUGAAAGUUGAAAACCUCCUCGCAUCUGCGCCGAUGGGUGUCUAUCCAUGUUAUUAGCUUUUGACCAAACAUUUUGGGAAUAAACAUUAAGUGAUUCCACUGCACAUUAUACUAUCUAAUGGAUUGAGACUCUCAUGGGCAUUUAUAGGCCUACAUGAUAGGCUAUUAUCUGUAAUCAUUCUGUGUUACAAUAGAAUGCCAGUGAAUUACUUCAACGUGGCUGAAAGAUGAGACCUAAGGUUCAAAUUACAGUGGGUUAACAAUGCCUUUUUCAGACUUUCUUCUCCUCUUUGUGAGAGAACAUAUUAUCCUCCAGGGUGCAUCACACCUGCCAGGAUCUUUCAGCGAAAAAUAUUGUCAAGUUGGCAUUUACCUGUGGGAUACCUACCUACCAGCAGGUUGUAAUGAAUCUAAGAGCAGAGCUGUAAGCUUGGCCACUUAUCUAUGUACCCAUGGAUGUGCAAACCACAUCCCUCUCCCAUUGGCUAAACAAAAUAUCAUUACAUAGGGCAGGGAUCAUCAACUAGAUUCAGCUGAGGCUCUAUAUUUAUUUUUUGAGCAGAUGGUCGGGGGGCCGGAACAUAAUUACAAAUAAUAUGUCGACUGCAAAUUGACCGCAAGAAGCCCAAACCAAUAUAAUAUUUGACUAAACAAUAAUUUCAAACCUUUCUUACAUAAUCAGGUGUCUCUUUGUUAUGCGUGGCAAUACUUGGGAACAGAUUUCCCAAAUUAAAAUAACUUGGAGCGUAUUUCCUGGUGUUUUUAGUUGUUUAUGUCCAACAAUGAAAAAAAAUUAAAAUGGCUUAUUUUUUGCUCAAAAAUUGGGGGGCCAAAUAAAACCACCCGUGGGGAACCCUUACAUAUGGCCUACAAUAUAGUAUAGGCCUAUGGUAUCUCAACAAGAGGCAACAUGUUUUUCAGACAGUGAGUGUUUCACUCCUGUCCAGAUGGUGCGAUAAGUCCCUUUAUCUGCUGAUAGUCCUGACUCCUACACUACUAAUGGGUCAGGAGGAUCACCUGGGUCUGAGUCAUACCCAGUCAGUCACCCACUGCCCUGCUCCUGUCCUGGGGGGAUUUAUAACCACUAUCCUGCUUAAUCUCUGUUUCUCAGUCAUGCGGUGGAUGACAGCUGAACAGGCUGAGAGAGGUAAGCGCUUAAGUAGGCCUAUUGUUUUAUCAACAGUCUUCUCUGUAUAUGUACAGUAUUAUUGAUUGUUUUUUUGCAAUUGCUGAAAUGCUCAUAAAUAUCACUGCCUGCCCAACAAAGCAGACUGCAGAGUUACACUAAUCAUCAACCUCUUCAACCCCUCAGGUCAAAGCCUUUGUGACCCAGGACAUUCCUCUUUAGUAUCCUUUUAUUUUGGUGAUGGCAGAUGUGCAGAGAUGUGAUAGCCAAUGUGAGGGUAGUUAGGUCCUCUGCCGUGAUGUGGAAGCCAUGCACUGGUUGACAACAUUUAACUGAUUUAACCAUCUCAGAAUAAAUAAUUAACAGCCUUACUGAUUUAUAAACUAAGUAAGUUAAGGGCCAAUCCGCAGUUGAAACAAUAAGAGGUAACCUCACCACUGUUUUGGUAAAAAGAUGAGGGAUGGGGCUAGAGAACUGUAACCAAUCAAAUUAACCCACCAUUGAUCAUCCAUGAAAUCUAAAUGAUAGUUUUAACCAUGUUUUGAGGCUAUACAGUGUUUGUUUACAAACAAUGGAGUAAAACAAGCUUAUAUUUUGGUUCCUGAUGGGGUACGACAGUUGAACUAAGCUCAUUUACAAGAAUCAAUGGGUGUGUAUAUAUAAUUGAUUUAUAAGUCCAAAAAUGAAUGUAGCAACUGCCCCUUUUGAUGUAAAGUCCUACCGUAUGGAGUAACGAGAACAAAGUUACACAGCAGCUAAACUUACCACACAUUUGUACUCAUCUGACCAAGUAAAUUAAAGCUAUUUCUGCAGACAGAAGCUUAUAUAUAUAUAUAUAUAUAUAUAUACUUCUAUAGCCCUAAAGAAAGCCAUACCUUUACCCUGCAGAUAGCUUUCUGUCCUGAAGCAGUCACAACUCCAGCAUGUAAGCCUGUCUUGAAGUGAUCUCAUAACUGAAGUGCUUCAUGCAUUUCCCUGUCAUGUAUGGAGGCUGGAGCACAAAGUCCAAGCCGUACAUCACCAUACUUCACUAGCUGGUGUGAUGACAGGCAGCAGGCAGGGCACUAGUGCCUGAAGGAAGUCGUCCUGGCCUGGGGUGUCAGACACCUGUCAGCUGCGUGCGGGCACUCUGUUUGCAUUGCAUUUCCCCGUUUGCCUCUUUUUGUUUGUAACCCUUGAUUCAUGCCAUCCCAGUCAUAACCUGGUAAUGAAACACAUCCCUGGGGCUGACCCCGAGCUUGUCCUCCUCAACCACUACUACGAAGAGCUGGACGUAAGUGAGCUGCUGAAACACACUGAAGUUUUACUGUAACUUUAUCACAUCUCUGGUGUUAAUGAUUUACUGUAAGUUCUCACUAGUGCGCUAUAAUGGUUAAAAGAUUGGUCAAAAAAUGGUGCAGGCUUACUUAUCUAGAGAUGCAUGCAUGUAAAGGGUGGGCCUACUAUUGCACAGAAAUUGUAUGACAAACCCAUCUGUGCAAUGCUACAGCUUGUGGAAGAAUAGAGCGCUCUUGUGAGGAUAGGCAUCUCACCUAAAUGUAUCUGCCCUGUUCAGCGGAUCGCCCUGUCUGACAUGACCCGCUCUGAGAUCAACGAGCUGCUGGAGAAGUUGGGCUUCUACAAGAAGGCUCAGCCUGAGGACCAGGUCCCAGAGGAGUUCCGCUUCUCCCCCGCCAAGGACAGCCCCUUCAAAGCGAAUCCCUCCUCUUCUUCAGCCCCCACAGACAACGCUUCCUCAGAGUCUGACGCAGAGGCCAAGCGCUCUGAC